AUGGCGAACACCGCCCUUAACUUCAUUACCUUCAACCAGGAUCACAGCUGUCUGGCCGUCGGUACAUCCAAAGGCUUCCGGAUCUACCACACCGAUCCGUUCUCCAAAAUCUUCAGCAGCGAUGAUGGAAACAUUGCCAUCAUUGAGAUGCUGUUCUCGACUUCUCUUGUUGCCUUGAUCCUCUCGCCGCGACACUUGAUUAUCCAAAACACAAAGAGGUCCUCGGUCAUCUGCGAACUCACCUUCCCAUCCGCCGUGCUUGCCGUGCGUCUGAACCGUAAACGCCUCGCUGUUGUCCUCGAGUCCGAGAUUUACCUUUACGACAUUUCCAACAUGAGCCUCCUUUUUACGAUCCCCACCUCUCCGAACCCGGGCGCCAUCUGCGCUCUCUCACCCUCCUCGGAGAACUGCUACAUCGCAUACCCCUUGCCGAAGCCACGUGAGGACUCAGGUGACAAGAGACCGGCUCAUGCGCCCCCUCUGUCGACAUACGUUGCGCCGACGUCUGGCGAGGUUCUGGUUUUCGAUACGCUCACCUUGAAGGCUGUGAACGUCAUUGAGGCCCAUCGCUCGCCUCUCUGCUGCAUCUGUCUCAAUAGUGAAGGAACACUUCUAGCAACAGCGAGUGAGACUGGCACCAUCAUCCGUGUCUUCUCCGUUCCUGGGGGCCAAAAGCUGUACCAGUUCCGUCGGGGAACGUACCCUUCUACGAUUUACAGCAUGUCUUUCAACCUCAGCUCUACCCUUCUUUGCGUCUCCUCGACCUCUGAUACAGUCCACAUUUUCCGUCUCGGAGCUCCUCCGCCAGGAAACAACUCGGCCGCCGCUGCCUCAGAGUCGCCAGCGUCGCCUCGCCAGGAUCGCUGGUCCAGGUCACGCAGUUAUGACAGCGCCAACGAAUCGCCGGUGGGCAGCGCGGCAGGGUCUCCGAGAAGCGAUCUGGCCGAGCCCGCAGGGCCAAGCAACGGGGGUGGUGGCGGUGGCACGCAGCAGAUCAACAGGCGACAGAGUGGCUCUUUUAGCAGUAUGCUCCGGCGCUCAUCGCAGAUAAUGGGCCGUAGCGUGGCCGGCGUUGUUGGCUCGUAUCUGCCACAGACCGUGACGGAGAUGUGGGAACCCCUGCGGGACUUUGCCUACAUCAAGAUUCCAAAGCCGUCCAACUCGCCCACAGGACCGGUGCGGACCGGCAGCGGCAACAUGAGCGGAGCGCAACUGCCUAGUGGACCAUUGCGAAGCGUCGUGGCUAUGAGCAGCAGCAGCCCUCAAGUAAUGGUCGUCACGAGUGAUGGCGGCUUCUAUGUGUACAACAUCGACAUGGAGCACGGCGGGGAAGGCUAUCUGGUCAAACAAUUUUCAGUCAUUGAUGGAGACGACAAAUUGGACUCGUCGUCUUACGGAACGUAA